UAAUUAACAGCACCUUCCUUUUCACCACUUCCCAUUUCCCAACACAAAAUAUUACUUUCUUUUUCACUAAUACUGUACCCCGUACUCCAGUUACUGUAUUAAUUUUCAUUUUUUGGAUCUGCAUUCAAGGUUGUUCAACAUUCUUCUGGUGCCAUUUUGCUAUAUGAUGAUGCCGGGAAAGGUUAUCUUGCUGCCUAAAUCUGAGAGCUCAAGUAAAGAAGUGUUCUGUAAACCCUAUUUCGAGCAUCUCAAUGAAAAUGUUGGAAAAAAGGCCACGGAUUCAUUUCUUCAAUUGCCUUCGGGUGGAAAUGAGGUAGUGUAUUGUAACAUGGAGGUGGCGGUUGCUGAAGUAGAAUACAUUGAAUCUGAAAAAUUGAAUGGUUUGGAAGAUAUCGACAAGAGUCUAAAGAUGCUUGUACCUGGUUUAGAGUCCAAAGAUUGGGUUCUGCUGUGUGAAACACUUAAUAAUGUAAGGCGUUUCUCGAUAUACCACAAGGAAGCAUUGCAAGAUAUACUAGACAAGGUGAUUCCUCUCAUAGUGAAAUCCUUAAAAAAUCCAAGAAGCGCUGUUUGUAAAACCAGCAUUAUGACUUCUGCAGACAUUUUCAAAGCAUUUGGUGACCAAGUUAUUGAUUUACUGGACCCUCUGCUUGUACAACUUCUUCUCAAGUCCUCACAAGACAAACGGUUUGUAUGCGAUGCUGCUGAGAAGGCGCUAAUGGCUUUGACAACUUGGGUUUCAGCCCUUUUAUUGUUACCUAAAUUACUACCCCAUCUUAAAAACCGCAACCCUCGGAUCAGGGCAAAAGCGUCAAUGUGCUUUUCUCGCAGUGUGCCACGACUGGGUACGGAGGAAAUGAAAACAUAUGGGAUGGACAAACUGAUCCAAAUAGCUGCAUCCCAGCUUAGUGACCAGCUACCUGAAUCCCGAGAAGCUGCUCGUGCACUCCUGUUGGAGCUGCAGACCGCAUAUAAUAAAUCUCCUGUUGGGGCUCCACAACCAGAUGUGCCGUCUGAGGAACCACAGAUGUACUCUUGGGAACAGUUCUGUGAGUCAAAUCUGUCAAAGCUAAGUGCUCAAGCCGUCCUUCGAGUCACUAGUGUUGCCCAUGAGGGUCUUGUUGCAGGUUCGUGAGGUGACAUGUAAGAUGAUUUGCGUCACCAGGAAGGUAUGUUGAGAUGUAUAUUUUCAAAAUUUUCACAUAUUUAUGAGCAUUCAAGGUUCAUUAUAGCUAAAUCAUAGCAUUUACAGUUUUGUUUGAUAUUGGUUACUAGUGUCUUUUGAUUUCUUAGGUGCAUUGUUGGUAUUAUCAGUUUGUCAUCUAUCACUAGUGUACAUUGUUCAGUAAUAUUUGUACUUAUUCAAUAUAGCAUGGAAAGAAACUGAAUAUAUAUACUA